GCUGAAUUUCGGCAGUGCGCUUCCCUUCACGUGAACAGCGUAUGCUGUUUGGACCGUAGUGUUGGGUGUCACCGCCUACUAGUAAACGGAUGGCUUCUAGCUCGGAGUCGGAUAAUGGGAUAAACCACGAAGUUGUGCAUAAGGAUACAACAAAAGUAAACAAGCGACAGAAGUUUGUUUCCGUUUCAUCAACUACAUGGGGAUUACCACAACCGGUUCUUCGUGUAGGCAAUCGCACCAUAUUUACACAUGGACGUCCACCAUGGUAUAAUGUUGAAGGGCAAACUCAGCAACCUUUUGUAAUCGGUAUCUGUGGUGGAAGUGCAAGUGGUAAAACUUCAGUUGCACGUGCAAUUAUUGAGAGUUUGGAUGUACAGUGGGUCAGUUUAUUAAGUAUGGAUUCAUACUAUAAGGUUCUUAAUCCAGAACAAAAAGUUCAGGCUGAUGAGUGUAAAUAUAACUUUGAUCAUCCGAAUGCUUUUGAUUUUGAUCUACUUGAGAAUCAUUUAUGUAGAUUACGUGAGGGUAAAUCUAUAGAAGUACCUGAAUAUGAUUUUAAAACACACUCACGUACAUUGAAAACGAAUACUGUUUACGGGGCUAAUAUUAUCAUUAUUGAGGGAAUUUUGGCGUUCUAUUCACAAGCAGUGACAAAGUUAAUGGAUUUGAAGGUGUUCGUUGAUACUGAUGCUGAUGAACGCCUAGCUCGUCGUCUUCGUCGUGAUAUUACUGAGCGUGGAAGAGAGUUGAAUGGUGUUCUAAGCCAGUAUACACGUUUUGUUAAACCAUCUUAUGAACAGUUUAUUGCUCCAAGUAUGGCUCAAGCAGAUAUUAUUAUACCAAGAGGAGGAAAGAAUGUUGUUGCUUUGCAGCUUAUUGUUCAACACAUCAAUAAACGUUUAAAACAGUGCGGAUUACGGUCUAGGUGUGAAUUAGCGAAAUUUCCUCCUGGUACUUUUACAAUGGAUACCAAUGGUAUACAUUGGGAUGAUAGUUCAAUGGGAACAAAAGAGGAUAUUGAUGAUGAUAAUGAGAUAUCCAGUCUCCAGCGUAAUGGUACGAGACAAUACAAUAAUAGUAAUAAUAACAAUAAUAAUGGCACAUCUGAUAGAUUAUUCCUUCCACCUCAAGUACUCGUCUUACCACCUACACCUCAACGGCUUGGUCUGCAUACAUUACUUCGUAAUCGAGAUACAGAUCAAGAUGCAUUCAUUUUCUAUGCAGAACGUUUAAUGCGUCCUCUAUGUGAAGCAGCAAUGAAUUUACUUCCACACAUGGAUGUGGAUAUUGAAACUCCUCAGGGCAUUAUUUAUCGUGGUCGACAAUUAGCUACAGGUACUCAGGUAUGCGGUGUAUCUAUUCUAAGAGCAGGUGAAGCAUUAGAAUCUGCAUUAUGCGCUGUAUAUAAAGAUGUUCGUUUGGGUAAAAUUUUGAUCCAAACUAAUCCAGAUACAUGUGAACCUGAACUGCAUUAUAUUCGAUUACCUCGAGAUAUUAAGGAUUGCUUUGUUAUUCUCAUGGAUGCUACUGUGGCUACUGGAGCUGCUGCUAUAAUGGCUAUGCGUAUUUUGGUUGAACAUGAUGUUCCAGAAGAGAGAAUAAUCCUUAUUUCCUUAAUAAUGGCUAGUCAAGGUGUACAUUCUGUGGCUUAUACCUAUCCAAAGGCUCAUAUUGUUACGACAGCUGUUGAUCCCGGUUUAAAUGAAAGUUAUCAUAUUAUUCCAGGUGUUGGUAAUUUCGGUGAUCGUUAUUUUGGCACAACAUUUGAUCGUUUAGAAAAUAGAUUUUUACUUGCAUGUCACUCAAUCCUAGCUUAGCCUAGUCUACACAUUCAUCCUUCUAUUUAUUAUCCAUUUAUUGUUUCUUCUUUCUCUAUCUUUAUCGUCUUGAUCAGAUUUGAUAUGUCAUAACGUCCUUUUUACGUAUGUGAAUAAAUUCUAAGUGUAUUAUUAUUAUUAUUAUUAUCAUUACUGUUAUUAUUAUAUUAUUGUACUCUUUAUCGUUGUUAUUAUUGAUGUAUUUGGUGAUGUGAUUUCUUUUUGAUGUUGUGUUAUUUCACUUUUUCAUUUUUUAUCAAAGAAUUAUUAAUUUAUCACAUUAGGUGGUGUUAUGUAUGAUGAAUAAAUGCAGGUGUAUAAAGAAGAACUACAUAACAAUUAACUUCUUAUCCAUUCAAGGUUGUUUUCUUUUCCAAUGAUAUUCUUCCUUCAGUUUUAAUUUAUUUUUUACUGUUUUAUUUUUUCUCUGUCAAGUUCCACAAGUUUUUUUUCCUAAUCUUCACUUAUUUUUUAUGCUUCUUAAUGAAAUUGAGAACUGUUACUGUGUAUUUAAAGAUUUAGAUAAUUGGGUACUUCAAUACUAAUAGAUGUGAUUAAUACGUCUAGAAGGGAAAUAUAUAUUAUUGGUGAUGGAUAAUGAUUGAGUGUGAAAUGUAAAAUUCG